CCCGGCCUCUCCGUGGGCGGGCCGCGGGGGUCGAGCCGCCGCCUCCUGGCGUCGGGCUGGAGCGGGGCUUUGUCUCUGCCGCCGGCAGGUCUGCGCUUGCGGCGAGGAUAGAGGCGGCGCCGUGCCGGUGCGCGGGGACUUCUGACGCGGCGGCGGCGGCGGCCGAGCAUGAGGCAGCGGCUGGGGGACCCGCGAGGCUGGGGUGACGGCCGAGGGGCCCGCGAGGGGCUGCCCCGCCGAGGCUCCCUCCGAGCGAAAUCCCACGGAAGUUCUUGCGUCUCAGCUCCCUCUGGAAUUUCUCAGGCAGGAAACACGAAAGGUUGCCGGAUAUGCCACCAUGCCGAAUGCCAGCAGCUGAACCACAGCAACCCCCUCCACUUGUGCGAGGCGUGUGACGGACACUUCCACAGCGCCAUGCACUUUGACGGGCACAUCCGCUUUGACCUGCAGCCACAAGGUUCUAUCCUGGCCCGGAAUGUCUCCACCCGGUCAUGUCCACCACGCACCAGUCCUGCCUCAGAUCUGGAGGAGGAGGAUGAAGGGCUGAUUGAUGGGAAAGGGGACAGAAAGAGCUCCGCCUUGAAGUUGCCGAAGAAGAAAGCCCGGAGGCGGCACACAGAUGACCCCAGCAAGGAAUGCUUCACCGUGAAGUUUGAUUUGAACGUAGACAUUGAGAUGGAGAUUGUGCCAGCGAUGAAGAAGAAGGCGCUGGGCGAAGUCCUGCUGCCGGUCUUUGAGAGGAAGGGGAUUGACUUGUCCAAAGUGGACAUCUACCUGGACCAGUCCAAGACUCCCCUGUCGCUUAACUUUGAGGCGUACCGUUUUGGGGGGCAUUACCUGCGUGUGAAAGCCAAACCUGGGCAGGAGCUCAAAGUGGAACAGGCAUUGAAAGACUUCAAGUCGCUGAGUUUGCCCAUCCUCCGUCCCGCAGGCACCGGCCCGUCCUUUCCCUGCACCCCCUCUCUGGAUCGGCUGGAGCAGCUGUCGAUGAGGAGGGAGAGUGCCGACAUUCUGGUGCCCGGAAGGCAAAGGAAGAACAUGAAUGAAUUCCUGGGUGACUCCAGCAUCCCGAGCCAGGAUCCCUCCCAGCCCGUCAGCACCUCCCUGUCCAGCAAUGGCACUGACACGUGGAAGAACCGGGCUGCCAGCCGCUUCAGCGGCUUCUUCGCCUCCGGCAGUAGCGCCAGUCCCUCUGCACGGGAGAUGGACAAGAUGGAACAGCUAGAGAGCAAACUGCACACCUACAGCAUCUUUGGUUUGCCGAAGUUCCCCCAGCAGCUCCGCUUCGAUCAGGACUCCUGGGAGGAGGAGGAAGAGGAGGACGACACCACUCUGUGCCUGGAAGAGAGUUGGCAGGAGAUCAUCGAGGGCACAGAGGUUUUGACACGCCGGCAGUGCCACCAGCAGGAAGCUAUUUGGGAGCUGUUGCACACAGAAGCCUCUUACAUCAAGAAGCUGAAGGUCAUCACAGAUCUGUUCCUGUGCUGUCUCUUGAGUUUGCAGGAAUCAGGGCUGUUGUGUGAGGUGGAAGCUGAUCGCCUUUUCAGCAACAUCCAGGAAAUCAUCCAGCUGCACCGAGCUCUCUGGAAAAGCGUCAUGGCCCCCGUGUUGGACAAGGCCAGGGCCAGCCGGGCUUUGCUGGACCCCAACGACUUCUUCAAGGGCUUCAAGAUGUUUGGAUCCCAUUUCAAACCUUAUAUCCGCUACUGCAUGGAGGAGGAAGGAUGCAUGGAAUACAUGCGGAAUUUGUUACGGGACAACGAGCUCUUCCGCAUCUACGUCACGUGGGCAGAGAAGCACAAGCAGUGCAAUCGGCUGAAGUUGAGCGACAUGCUGGUGAAGCCCCACCAGCGCCUCACCAAGUACCCGCUGCUGCUGAAGUCGGUGCUUAAGAAGACGGAAGACCCCCGCACCCGAGAAGCCAUCAUCACCAUGAUCAACUCGGUGGAGCGCUUCAUCAACCACGUCAACUCACGCAUGCGCCAGCGCCAGGAACAGCAGCGCCUGGCGACCAUCGUCAGCCGCAUCGACGCCUACGAGGUGGUGGAGGGCAGCACCGAUGAAGUGGACAAGAUCCUGAAGGAGUUUUUGUGCCUGGACCUGACGGCCCCCAUCCCAGGAACCUCACCUGAGGAGACACGGCAGCUUCUGCUGGAGGGGAGCCUUAAAAUGAAGGAAGGCAAAGACAGCAAGAUGGACGUUUACUGCUUUCUGUUCACGGACCUCUUCCUCAUCACCAAGCCAGUGAAGAAGGCUGAACGCACAAAGGUGAUCCGCCAGCCGUUGCUGGUCGACAAGCUGGUGUGCCGUGCUCUCAAGGAUCCCGGUUCCUUCCUGUUGAUCUACCUGAAUGAGUUCCGGAGUGCAGUGUGUGCCUACACCUUCCAGACCAGCGGGCAGUCUCUGUGCCGGAGCUGGAUUGAUGCCGUCUGCAAUGCCCAGAACAAGCUUCAGCACCUGCGCCCCCAGGAGCACCAGCGGAGCCAGCAGCAGCAGCUGCAGAGCCUAGAGGAGGAAGAGGAGGAGGAAGAGGAUGGGGAGAGUGGCACCUCAGGGGCCAGCUCCCCCACAAUCCAACGCAAGAGCACCAACAGCUUGGAUUCGCAACAGUGCCUCUCGGACGGCUCCACCGAGACUAUUUCUGUUGUGGUGGUCGAUGCCAGCGAUGGGCCCUCUUCGCCCAAUUUUGAGGCUGCUCCCUUUGGCUCCCCAUCGGAUGAGGCUUCCAUCAGCACCACGGCCUCCUCCACGCCCUCCUCCCUGGAGCUGUGCGAGGUCCUCCCGGCCAGCGCCAACUGCUGUCUCAAACCAGAGCCUGGCCCGUGCCGCUCAGCCUCCAUCGACAGCGCCUACGGGACUCUCUCGCCCACCUCUGUCCAGGAGUUUGCCGACCAGCAGCGACGACGGCAGCAGCAAGAGGCCACAGGGGCUGCGGAGGAUGAGGCACCCUCACAACGGGCUAGCUCCCCAAAGCUGCGCAGGCAGACGCCGGUCCAGCUCCUGCCUGUAAAGACCAAGGUGCUGAAGUCCAAGUCGGAGGCAAACCUCUUGCAGCUGGUCCCGGCUGCUCUGCAGCUGACCCAAAGCAAGAGCCUCUCUGAGCUCUGCCCAGUGCUGUUCCUGCUGGGCUCUCCGCGGACUAACGGAGCCAGGAGCCAGGGGUGCGCGGGCGCCUGCAGCAGCAGCAGCAGCAACAGCAGCACCUCGGAGCUGUCGGAGGCUGAGGAGGGGCCACUGAGCAGGAUCUGCCUCUCUCCAGAGCUGGCUGCCACCUCUCAAGAAGGGCCGCGGCCUCCUUGCUGGCUGGCCAGAGAGGGCCGGAGAGGAGAGGAGGUGCCUGCCGCCUGCCGGACUCUGCUGGACCCGCCGGCAACCCAGCAUCGCAAGCUGACGCUGGCGCAGCUCUACCGCAUCCGGACCACGUUGCUCCUCAACUCCACGCUCACUGCCUCGGAGGUGUGAAGACAUGACGGACGUGCAAACCCAGAGCGAGAGGUGCCACGCCCAGCGCCGGAAGGUCCCACGUUGUCUUUACGUUCUGUAGCGCCACAAGCCUUUGGCGUUGGAAACCCUUUCUUGCCCCUUGGGUGGCUGGCGGUGCGCCACCAGCUCAACCGGACGUGGGUGCGAAGACAAAGCACACCAUCCCGCAAGCACAGAGCCCACACCUAGGCAGCCCGGCAGCCGGCACAGCGAUGUGGGCAAAGUGUGUGUGUGUGUACAAGGCCUGUGCGCAUGUGGCAACUGUGCACAUCAGUGCUUGGGUUCGAGUGUGGAAGAGGCAGCCUGACAGUGGAGACGAGAGGCCGCUGCGCCCAGCAACGGCUGUUGGCGCAUGCAAGGACUUCACAGGACUUUGUCCCCUAAACCCCUUUCUUUGCCUGCACAGAACCCUCGUGUGCUGCACCCAGACUCUGCGGGAGUAAGAGUCAGACAGACUGCACUCCCUUUGACAAGGACCUGCGGGGCAGGGUGGGGCUGUCCUUCCAAAACAAUGCACUUUGGAAUGUUAUCUUGUACAGUGCCCAGAUACAUGGGCAUUAACAGGACUACCGUGGGACAUUUUUAACCCAGUUUCCUCCCUCUGCCUUGCUAAUUAACAGAGAAGUUCUCCUGUGCAAACCUUGAAAAUAAUGAGAGUUUUUGCAUGGUGCUGCUGGGCAGGGAGGGCCCCACUAUUCGACAGAGUGAGGCAGCUGCCUCGGGGUCAAUGCCAGAGGGGGUAGCAGACCCCCACACUUCCCUCUGGGCCGCCUGAGCUAGCCUGCUGCCCUCAGGUACAGUGGGGGAUAUUGUCCCAUUGCCAGUAUUGAAGUAAGAUCCACCUGCUGGCAGACAAAUGCCUUGGGCCAGCCCAGUGGGUCAGAUGGGUGUCUCUCACUGCUCCAGCCCACAGUGGGUCAGAUGGGUGUCUCUCACUGCUCCAGCCCACAGUGGGUCAGAUGGGUGUCUCUCACUGCUCCAGCCCACAGUGGGUCAGAUGGGUGUCUCUCACUGCUCCAGCCCACAGUGGGUCAGAUGGGUGUCUCUCACUGCUCCAGCCCACAGUGGGUCAGAUUGGUGUCUCUCACUGCUCCAGCCCACAGUGGGUGCCCUCUCUUGGCACAUGGCCUGCCUGAUUCUGAACAUUUGCGUAAUGUCUAGGUCAAGGAAGCAAAAUCUGAAUGGAGACGCUAGCUCUCUUUUUCUGCGCCUGCAGACAGCUCAUACAGUGGUGGAGGCCCUUGUGGCAUUGCCAGGUUCCCGGGUGUAGUUGGGGGGCGGGGAAUUCCGUGUGGAUCUGUACUAAUUAGAAAGUUCAGAGGUGGGGGCUUUCACCUUCGUACCAUUGGUUGUCUUGUGGAUGCAAUAACCAGGAUGGCUGCCAUCUCUUGCAAGGUGUGCUGCUGCAUCCAAGGGUGUCUUUACAUCAAAUUAUGCAAAGGGCAUCAUUUGUUCAACUCGUGGCUUUUCCUGGGGAGGGCAUGCAAACGGCUGAUGUUGCCUUUGGCUUGCACCCAGGAAAGUGACCUGAGUAUACCAUGGGAGCCCUGCCAACUUGGUGGCAAUAGCCCAAACUGGUUGCAAGGCCCUGAGUCCUGGGCAGAAGUGCCCUCCCCCAUCUUUGCCCUUGCUUUGCGGAGCUGCACGAGGAGGGAGCCAGAAUGUUGAGAAGGAGAGAAGAAGUGGAAAGUCUUGUUCACAUGCAGGGGAAUCUGAGCGCUGGGGUAGGAACAAGAAGGGUGCUUGUGAGCCAAGGCGAUGGAGACAGGGAAUGUCUGGGCAGCUGGAAGGGUUGGAGCCAAGUGGCCACUUUGGGAGCCGGCAGAAGCAGGCGCAAGCCAGGAAGCUGGGAAAACGAGAGCCCGAGGAGGGGGGUGCCUAGACUGGUGCCAUGUUCAAAAGAGCCUGCCCCAUCUGCAGGGGGCAUCGGAGGCCCAUGACUUGCGUCCGAAUGCCUCUGGGCAAGGGUCUCACCAGGCCUCACUCCUCAGCCCUGCCCUGUUAUUCUAUGCUUGGGAAACCUUGCAGCAAAACGGCCCCUUCCCACCCCGACUACUUGGGAGGCGGGGGCGAGAGGGGGGAGUUUUGUUAGCUGUUCCUGGCUGUUAAACCAGUAAUAAGCCUGUUGGCAUUGGAGGUGUCACAAUGGAGAGCAGAGUCUGCAAGGGGAAAAAGAGAGAGACCUCCCCCCCCCAUCUGUUUUCAUGUGAAAGAUUUAGCCAGCUGGUGUAUUUGUGCAUGUGUGUUUUCAAGUUGCAUAUUUAUUAAGCUUAACCCUCCCCGUUGCAUCUGGCUCCACUCUGACCCCCCAUGCAGCUAUCUGUGUCCUCCCACUAGGGAGGUGAGGAAGCAUUCAUAGGCCAGGUCCUUUUAUACCACUUCAUGUACUGAUAGUUGUGACACACACACACCCCGCCUGCCCGCAGCCUCCUGAUAUUAGGCAGAUGCGUCGGUUGUAGCUGCCCUUCUCAUGCUCAUGUCACUGUUCCGUGCCAUCAGCAUAAUGGAUGAACCAUUAAACACAGGCCAGAUCUCCCAA